AAAUUCCUGUUUAAAUAUUUUUUGCGAAUUUGAAUCCAAAAACUGCAUCAUUUCUUCCCAUUUUUUGGGUUUUCCAUUGGAACACGAUCCUAACUGCACUCACGAAGUCACGAUGAGAUUUAAGACAUGCAUGCCGACGAUCAAGUUAUCAUCUUGCAAUGCCGUCAAACACACCUCAUCGAGCAGUUCACUUGAAAUCGACGUUCGUGAAGAGUAUGCCAAUACGUUCAGAACCCAAUCAUACAUCGACUUCUGGACUCGAGUCCUCGACUCGACCCAUGGUGGUUCGACCAUAAACAAAACUCUUAGUUCAGUCACUGCAGCUCGACUCCCAUCCUAUCGACUAUUUGCUGAAAACCUCCUAGACCCUGAUCAACCAACGGUCACUCAAAUCCUAGCCAUGGCUAACCACCAUGCAAAAAACCACACCCUUUUGUCCGAUUACUUCACUGAAACCGCAAACGCUUCUAUCGUUUGUGGGGCACUUUUACAAGAUGUUGAUCGACUAAGAUCGAACUAUCGUUCGCUAAAAAACGCGUUGAAAUCGAUUGAAACUACAAAAGUUUCUUUCAUUAGCAAUUUUAAGAUCAUACAAGCCCGGUUAACCGACUUUUCAAAUUCGGUUAACCCAUUCACAGUCCCUAAAUCGUCUCAAGGCGUCCAAGCGGUUCAACUUGCAUGUUUCAAGUUGCUAAAACGGCUCGAAUUGAGCCGUGACAUGGCUCAAAUGAAGCUUCAAAGGAUCAAAAAGAUCAAGCAUGGAUCCGCGGUUACUCUAGUGGUUUUGACCGUUUCGUUGACUGUAAUCAUCGUAACUCAUGGUCUAGCGGUUAUGGUGGCGGCUCCCGGGAUGGUAGUGGCAGCAAUGGGGUUGGGUUCGAGUGGUAAGUUGGCUAAGCUAUCGGCUCAGCUUGAUGUGGCGGCUAAGGGGAUGUAUAUAUUGAAUAGGGAUUUGGACACCGUGAGUCGACUUGUUGGUCGACUUAAUGAUGAGCUUGAGCAUAUGAAAGCAACGACUAAGUUUUGGCUCAAGAGGGGACAUAAUCGGGUUCAAAGUGUUGAAGAAUUUGGUCGACAAUUGAAGAAGACUGAUUUGAGUUUCUGUGAACAACUUGAUGAGUUAGAGGAGCAUUUGUACUUGUGUUUCAUGACCAUCAAUAGAGCAAGAAAUCUCGUUGUUAAAGAACUUUGUAUGAAUUAGUUUUGUGAAUACCGC